AUGUCAUGGCUUGACUAUUCGACAACAAUUAACAACCAAGAACUUGAUAGUUGGUAUUGGCGAUUCAUGGACGUAGUUCCGUUGGAGCGUAAAUGGUCGUUCACCAAAUGCAUAUCCACUUGUUGCUGCAAAACAUUCAGUACGCUUCCUUAUCCUCCCACGCAUAUUGUUAUCACUACAGGUGGCAAUGAUCUCGGUGUUGCUGCUAAACUUAUUACGCUCAAAACCUAA